CGUCUUCGCGCGCAGCGGCGCGAACAAAAGCCGAUCGCGACGAACGAAUAUCGGCUCGCUCGAGUUGUUUGAUGAGUCGCGAAAUAAUAAUAGUUUGUCCGCCGACACUCAAAGGUCGCACCUCGUAGGACUCGCGUAUCCUUUGCAUGUGUAAGGGACUCUUCGGUUUUUUUUUACUGGAUAAUAGUGCGCUUCAUCGAUAUCUUCUCGACAAUGGUAGCCGUUGAAUUUCAAACUAUUUGGUCUUGGGCUGGACUCGAUAUCGACCCGAAGAAGCCGAGUUUUCGGGAUGCCCAGGAACUCAUCAAAGCGAGGCAAAUAAUCAAGUGCGGAAAACUCAAUGAGGACAACGAGGUUAUACGUUUUUCGGCCCUUUGUUCCAAAACACCCGAUUCAAAGGACGGAUGUUACACCGUAAAUGGCACGGUGAAAAAUUCAGCUAUAUUGGAAUGCAGCUGUGACUGUGAAAUUGGACAGGAGAAGUGUCAACACGUCCUUGCCACUUUGCUACAUUGUUACCGUAAGAGCUUUGAUUUGGAAAAUUGGGCUACCCCCCCUGACGAGCUGACAACCACAAAAAAAAGACCACUUCAAGAUAAAGAGAUUACAUUUGAAAGUGAAAAAAAUAUCAACAAGAUAAAUCCUUUCUUUCUACCAAGAAGUAAAAAGCCUAAAACUAGUAAACAAAGCAAUGGAUUCAAAAAAGACGCUAACUUGGAGAGAGCUGUUGCAGCAAUUUUUGAAAAUCAAGAUAGCGAAUUGAUGAAUUUUAUAAGGGAUAUGAAAACCGAUAAACUGCAAGCAUGCUGUGAAAAACUACUUAAAAGCUUUGAGGGAGAUUACAAGGAUAUUUGUGAAAAAACAGCAAAAUCUCAUGAUUUUUGGUUGCAACAAAGGCAGUAUAGAAUUACAGGCUCUAUGUGUUAUAGUGUAUACACGUACAGUUCCUGCAAAAGACCUAAUUGGCCAAAUAAGUGCUCAACUUUAUUUACCCCAAAUGAUUAUAAAAAUAAAUAUAUGGAGUAUGGUAAUAAAACUGAACCAGAAGCACGUCAAGCUUUCAUAAAAAAUACUAAUUUCAUCGUCAAAGAAGUUGGAUUAGUUAUUUCCAAAUCAAAUCCAUGGAUGGGAUACUCCCCUGACGGUAUCAUUUUUCAAAAUGGUAAACCCACAGCUUUAUUAGAAAUAAAGUGUCCUUACAUUGGAAAGACUUCAAACAUUCAAGCUACAAUCGAAGCUCAGUGUACAAAGUAUUUAGUUAGAGUUGACGAAAACAUUGAGUUGAAAAAGAAGCAUUCUUAUUACGGACAAGUUCAGCUUGGAAUGGCUGUACUGAAUUUAAACGUAGCUUAUUUUGUUGUAUAUUCAGCGCGUGACAAAAAGUACCUAUCAAUAAAGGUGCCUAGAGACGAAGAUUUCUUGAUGGAAAUGUUGCCUGCCUUGAAGGAAUCUUACUUUAAUCACAUGUUACAUAAUAUAUGUUUAAUGAAAAAGUAAUGAUUUAAUGCAUAGCAAUUAAUAUGAGUACCAUUUAAGUGUAUUAUGUUUAACUGAAAAAUUUGAUUUAAAACUUGAGACUCUAUUUCUAUAAGAAAUAGUUACCUUGUUAAAGCAUUUUAAAUGUUUAUUUGCAAAGACUAACACCUGAGUGUAUUUAAUUUAACAAUAUAAGAUUAAAAAACUAGUUCAUUGUGAAAUUAAAAACUUAUUUUAUAAGAUGUUUAUUAGAGAUGUAAUUAAACACGAUUGUAUUGAAAAAUUUUUAUCUUGUUUCAUUUUGACAGAAUGUCAAAUAUAAUAAAGCUGUAACUAUCAAUAAAAGUAUUUUCAGUAU